AUUUCGGCCUGCAUUUGCUAGAGCUAUUAACACGUUCAAUAAUUGACAGUAUUUAGUCUGAAUCAAUCUUCUCCAUCUCGUCAUGCCGAGCUACAAAUUGUCCUAUUUUAACCUUCGUGGUCGUGGUGAAAUUAUUCGCUACCUAUUCGCUGUAGCUGGCGUCGCCUAUGAAGAUAAUCGUAUUACUUCGGAAGAAUGGGGAAAGAUGAAAGCCGAUGGUAAGACUCCUUUUGGACAACUGCCAAUAUUAGAAGUUGAUGACAAAGUAUUGUGCCAAAGCAACGCAAUUGCUGCCUAUCUUGCUCGAGAAUUUGAUUUGGCCGGUAAAACGAACAUGGACCAAUACAGAAUUUCCGCUAUUCAAGCAGCUGUUGGUGAUUUGAUGACUAAGUUUGUCGAAAUUCACUUUGAAAAAGAUGAAACGAUAAAGGCCAAAAAACAGAAAACUUUAAGUGAAGAAUUUUUGCCAGUUUGGUUAGUUGCUGUUGAAAAAAUAUAUCAGGAAGGCGGUACCAGUUUUUUCGCUGGUGACUCAAUAACUCUUGGCGAUUUAUACUUUUUCUUCGCUGGUGAGAGCCUUAAAGGCGUUAACGAGCAGGUCUUUAAAUCUUGCCCCGGUUUGGAUGGAUUGUAUAAUCGUAUAGCUAAUAAUUCCGAGCUUAAAGCGUGGAGAGAAAAGCGCCCGAAAACAGAUUUCUAAAGAAGCUGUUUCGUAAUAGUGUCUACUAUUUUCCUAGAGGAUGAUAGUUAUGUAGGGUAAAUUCAAUUUUUAAACUAUGCAAUAAUCAAUUUUCCACAGCUUAUUGGUUAUUGGUAUGCUGAGAAAGACACUCGUAUAUGCUUUAAUCGAAUUCAGCAUACCUUUUGAGGGUUAUCA